UGUUUCUAUUCUCAUUGUUUCCAAGUAAACAAGACGUUGAUUAAUGUUAUAGAUAGAAUACUUCAAAUCCUCCUUUUUUUUCCCAUUGACAAUUUAGCAGGAGUUUACACUUUAGACUCAUAAGAUCAAGCAAAACAAUCACCAGCAAAAAAAGAGGAAGAAGCUAAAACUCUGAAGAUGUCAAUGUUUGUUACUCUACCAGAAGAUGCAAUAUUGGAGAUCCUAUUAUGGCUGCCUGUUAAGUCCCUGCAACGAUUCAAAUGUGUUUCGAAAUCAUGGUACGCGUGUAUUAGCAAUCCGAAGUUUAUGAUUAAGCAUUUCAUGAGCUCAAACCAUCAUGAGUUUCUGUUGAUUAGCCACCUUCACCCUGUGAAAAGGCAAGUAUUUUCAUCUCUGUUUUCUGAUGGACUUGAAAUUAGAAGCAAACAUUUUGAACUAUCUUAUGCUAGCUCAAACCAAGAACACCUUAGUUUUACACAAGUUAUAGGUCCUUGUAAUGGUAUAUUUUGUCUCUUUGAUGGUAAGAUUGAUGAUAUAUUAUUAUGGAAUCCUACAAACCGUCACCUAAAACUCCUUCCAAAAUCUCAAGUUGAGCCACCUCCUGAUGCAUACCCUUUUGAUACCUGUGUUGGUUUCGCUUUUGAGAACGAAACGAAUGACUAUAAGGUUCUAGCAUACAAGCAUAUGUGUCUCCCCUCGUCUUCAACUGUAGCUCACGCCGAGGUAUACACACUAAGCACAAACAAAUGGAAGGAGAUUGAUGUAGGAGAGGAAUUUCAGCCAACAGGCAAUCUACCUUAUUCAUCUUCGAAGCCUAGCAUAGACGGGAUUUUUAGCUGGUUUGAGGUAGAUAACCAUGUAGAGAAGGUCAUUUUCUCGUUUAACAUGAAGAACGAGGUUUUUAAGAAGACCAAGCUUCCAGAUUACAAUGGAAUACCUUCUAAGAGAGUACAUGGGUCUUUAACAUCCCUAAAGAACAACCUAGUUUUCAUCCAUGAUUACCCUCUAGGAGGGAUCAGUAAAUGCUUUGAUGUGUGGGUUUUAGGCGAAUAUGGUGUCCGAGAGUCUUGGAUGAAGCAACUAACUAUUGGACCAGUAUUGGGAGUUACAGCACCCUUGGGAUUUUGGAAGAAUGGAGAGCUUAUUUUAGAAGAUGGUCAAGGAAAAUUGGUUUCUUAUGAUCACAUUACAGGAGACAUGAAGGAUCUUCAAGCUCGCGGCGUUGUCUAUAUUUUGCAAGUUCUUCCAUACAAGGAGACCUUAGUUAGUCUGAAAGAAGCUGAAGAAGAGUCUGAUAGCCCUUUCUCUGUUUUUGAAUGUGAAGAAGAAAUCAUUUCACUGAUGCCAUCUUCAUCUGCCAACUAAUCAUUCUGUUGUUUGAAAAUGCAACAGCAAACAGAGGGAAAGUGGAACAAAUUUGAAGAAUGUUAAUAGACAAAAUCUAUAUACUAUGAUAAAGUUUGUAAUAGUCAAGAUUUGUAUUGUUAACAAUUCUUUCGCAUGCCACCAAUUGCUACAACAUCCACAUUUGCAAAUCACCAAAUUAGAACUCAACUAUACAUGUUAAAAGUUUAGACUAGAAAGUCAUUUUGUAUUCUUUUGGAUAUGUCAAAAGGAAAAAAAUUCACAAGAAUUUGGCCUAUUGAAAGAUUGAUUACU